AUGAGAUCGGUGCUCGGUCUCUCCCAUUGGUGUUCCUUGCUGCUUCUCCUCUCGCUGGUGACGGCUCCGCGGGGGCUCGAGGUCGGCGAUCUCUUCAGCCAAGGGAAACCACCGGCGGGGAAGCAGGACUGCAGCCGGACAUGCGAGUCCAAGUUUUGCACCGUCCCGCCUGUGCUGAGGUACGGGAAAUACUGCGGAAUCCUCUACAGCGGCUGCCCCGGCGAGAAGCCCUGCGACGCCCUGGACGCCUGCUGCAUGGUCCACGACCACUGCGUCGCCGCCAACAACAAUGACUACCUGAACACCAGGUGCAACGAGAACCUGCUGGGCUGCAUCGACGGGGUGAACCCGGCGGGGCCGACGUUCCCCGGGAAUAAGUGCGGCGUCGGCGAGACGGCGUUCGUCAUAAAGGGUGUCAUCGAGACGGCCGUGCUCGCAGGGAAGAUCCUUCACAAGCGCGACAUCGGGCAGUAG